ACUUCCGCUUAGAAAACUGGCGCGACUUCUUCACAUGGCUGUAGCACCGCUGUUAGAUCGGGUUGUGUACUAAGUUUAAAACAUUGAUUUUACAGACGAUUUAAAAAAAAUCCUUCAAUAUGAUGGCCACAAACGAAAAAGACGCCUGCGGAUUAAACGGCGACGACCCAUCUGUGUCUUUCAAUGGCGGCAACGACUCUUUCGGCGAAAAGUCCUACUCGUCGGCAGUCAACGGGAAGGAGGCCCCGUCUCAGAACGGAGGAACCGGGGAGGAGAGGUUCACCUUCAGCCCGCAGCCCACCAUGGAGGACAUCAGGCGGAUGCAGGCGGAGUUCACGGACGAGAGGGACUGGAAUCAGUUCCACCAGCCCCGCAAUCUGCUGCUGGCCAUGGUCGGCGAGGUGGGCGAAGUGUCGGAGCUCUUCCAGUGGCGGGGGGAGGUGGCCGAGGGCCUGCCCGGUUGGACCGAGUCGGAACGGGAGCACCUGGCGCACGAGCUCAGCGACGUGAUGAUCUACCUGGUGGAGCUCGCCGAGAAGUGCCGCGUCGACCUCCCGCGCGCGGUGCUUCGGAAGAUGGCCCUCAACAGACUGAAGUACCCCGCGAGCAAAGUGCACGGGUCGGCCAAGAAGUACACGGAGUACAAGGACUGAGUUUAAAGUUGAGACCCUGGACUGUUUUUUUUUUUUUAUAUACUGCUGCUGAACACUUGAAAUGGCUUUUCCUCUGCUCUUAACGUGUGUGCUGUGAUCCACGCGUGUUUCGUGGCGUGUCACAACAGGGCCUGAUUCUGUUUAACCUUUUUUUUAAAAAAGUUUUUGUGCCUCAUUGAUCUACGUGUGAGUUGAAGGCAAUGCAUGCUCUGCUGAGAAUAUUUCUGUUGUUUAGUAACUUUUGGGGAGUCUAUUGAAGAAUCAAUUUCUCACUGACCGUUUUUAGAAAAUCUGUUACCAUGUGAGUUUCCCCAUCUCAGGUAAAAAUUUGUUUUUGAAUUCAGGUUUUAUUCACAUCGCAACUAUCACGUUUCUGUCAGAAGUAAAAGUUGCUUUGACUGUUUGUUGCCUCAUCUGCUGCUUAUUGUCAGUCUGGUUACGAGAUGAGGCCUUAUGAGAUCAGAGUAAAUAAGCGCCUUGAAAUUUGGUUAAAAUGAUUUAUCUUAAACGUUAAAUAGUUCUGCUUGGUGCUAGUUCUAAUAGGUAUUCUACUGCCAUUCAUUCAAAUGUGCCUCCCUAUAUAUUGGAAAUACCUCCUGUUUUUAAUGUAGCACGAUUCAAAAACAAAUUAACCCGACCUCUCUAGACAAGAUUUAUCAUCG